CCCCGCGAGCUCUCUGCCUGCUUCUCUCCAGCUUCUUCCUGCUCACUACCGUCACCGUCAUGCUGGGCACUGCUCUCCGCCGCUGCGCUGUAGCCGCAGCCUCCCGGGCCGGCCCUCGAGGCCUCCUGCACCCCACCCCGGUCCCCGGCCCCACCGCCGCUAUCCAGUCAAUUCGCUGCUAUUCCCAUGGGUCACAUGAGACAGAUGAAGAGUUUGAUGCUCGCUGGGUGACAUACUUCAACAAGCCAGAUAUAGAUGCCUGGGAAUUGCGGAAAGGAAUGAACACACUUGUUGGCUAUGAUCUGGUUCCAGAACCCAAAAUCAUUGAUGCUGCUUUGCGAGCGUGCAGACGAUUAAAUGAUUUUGCUAGUGCAGUUCGCAUCCUAGAGGUUGUUAAGGACAAAGCAGGACCUCAUAAGGAAAUCUACCCCUAUGUCAUCCAGGAACUUAGACCAACUUUAAAUGAAUUGGGAAUCUCCACUCCAGAGGAACUAGGCCUUGACAAAGUGUAAACCCCAUGGAUGGGCUUCCUAAGGAUUUAUUGAUAAUACUACUUGAUUGUAAACAGUCACCUGGAAAUACUGAUGAUAACAUAUUACCUUAUUCAAACAGGUUUUCCUUUAUUGAGUACCAAACCAUAAUGGUAACUUGGGCUUUAAUAAAAGGGAAAUGAAGUUUGAACUGAAA